AUGUCUGCGAAGUCAUCGUUCCUACCGCGCCUAGGGCUCUCCCGAGGUGACGGCCCCAUCCUUCCGUUGCACCGGACGAGUCCCCCGAUCCGCAAGAAGUCGAGCGAGUACGACCUGUCCGAGCUUUCUCGACCACACGAUGGUCUGCUAUCAUCGCAGCCCACAGACGGCCGCAGGAUGCCAAUGUCUACCCGCAGAAGCCCCUCCCCAAGGGCUAGAUACAGCGACAAGGAGAGCAACCCAGGCUCAGCCUCCAAAUCCAACCCGACCCAGCGCAUCCUGUUCGCAGGGCCGCCCCCGCCGAUCGCGACCUCCCAAAUGCUCUACCGCGACGAAGAAGACAGGGACACAUCCCUCUCCCUAUACAGGAGCCGCGAAACCUCCUCCUCCUUCGUUUCACCCAACCGCUCGCGGGACGCGGAAUACGACUACAAGCCCAACGCAGUCUGGCUCAACCUCCAACGCCGCGAGCGCGCCCUGCAAAAAGACCUCCAGCGCCUCCUCGAUGCCCAAUCCGCCGGCCUGGCAGCCAACCUCGACCCACAACAACAACAACAACCGUCCAUAUCCAGCAGCGCCCCCUCAGACGCGAGCGACGCCGGCACGGGGACAAUACACACCCAGUCAAGCAGCAGUAGCUCCGUCCGACGCAGACAAGUCACCUUCGACCCUAUCGUCACCACAACCGCAACCACAACCGCGUCAGGCACGCUCGUCCCCGUCCGACAACCGCGGCCCCCAAAGCCCCUCGGCCUGCGCGCCGCCCGCACAGGGCUGACGCGCACCAUCGCGCUGCUGGCCGACCUCAAAGCGGAGGAGGACGCACAGCUGACUUUGGCGCUAAGCGCGCGCAAGCAGGCGCUGUCCCAGCUGCGGCGGCUGUCGGCGAGGCGGGAGGGCAUAGCGGAGGAACUGCGGGUGCUUGAGUCGGAGGAGGGGGACGAGGGCCAGCAGUCUCUCAGCAGGGAGUUGAGGGAACUGGAGCGGGAGAGGGAGGCUGUGGCCGGGGAGAUCGCGGAGUUGGAGGAGAGGUUGGCCGGGUUGAGGAGGAGGAGGAAAUGGCUUGAUGGGCGGGUCGAAGAGGUCAGGAGUCGGAGGGACGCCGGGUUGAGUGGCUAUAAGGGCGCGCUGAAAGAGGUGGAGGGGAGGAUUGCGGGGCUGCUUACCCGGCCUGGUGUGAAGCCUUUGGAUGUGGAGCUCUUCUCCCAGUCGGGUGUCCAAGAAGGGGCCUUCGGGGAAUCACCUGGCGGGGUGGAAUUCUUGCACCUACGGCCUGAGAGGAGGACGGCGGAGAUGGCGAGGGAUUGGUGGGAAUCCGAAGUCAGGAUACUGGAGAGGAGGAAGGCGGAGGUGGACAAGGAGAGGGCGGCAUUGGAGCAGGGCGUGGAGGUAUGGAAGGAGACGAUCAAGCUUGUGUCUGAGUUUGAAGCUGGGCUGAUGCGAGAGAUGAGCGGAGGUGGAGAUGUUUGGGAGACGAGUAGUAGUAACGGGAAAGGGAAGGGGAGAGAGGGUGACCCGCCGUCGUCACCACCUCCACCACCUCCUCCUGACCAGGCUAUGUACGCACAGCUUGACAAGAUGCGCGCCGUCAUGGCAGCCCUAGAAGAGCGACUGCAUAUCGCGGAGGAGAAGGGGUGGAACUUGCUCAUCUGUGCCAUUGGCGCUGAACUGGAAGCUUUCCGACAGGCGGAGGGCAUGUUACGGGAGGCGCUACGAGCCGCAGGCUUUGGGACUGCCGCAGGCUUUGGGACUGCCGCAGAGGAAGGCGAUGUCGAGCAAGGAGACUCAACGCCCCACGUUGGCGGAUCGACGAGCCCGCGAACCUCGGUGCAGUGGCUUGAUGAGGCUUCUGGAGACGCUGGGCCCGGUAAGCGUGGCGACUUAGUGGACUUACACGAGGAGGAAAGGGAGCCUGAGAGCGAUAACGAGGUUCCCCCGGACCUGCUCGUUUCGGCGGAGGACCACCGCGAACUGGAACGUCCGGCGCUGUGCAGGGAGGACAGCGGAAAUGAAGUUCCAAUGGAGUUCUUAAGGGAGCAUCGGGAUGAUAGGGUAUAUGCAGGCUAA